GUUCUAUUCCUGGCUCUGCCAGGCUCCGUGUCACCCCCUGGGCAAGUUACAGCCCCUUGCUAUGCCUCAGUUUCCCCUUCUGGAAAAUGAGGAUAAUCCUGAUCUGCCUCUCGGGGCUGUGAGGCUCAGGCCAGGUCCACACGAGAAAUGUUUGCUGAUCUAGCCGUGUCAGCUGGGCGGUGGCUGGUUUUUGUAUGGCAUUUCUAAACUGUCCAAGAUCCCAGUGCAGGCGCGGUUCUACUGGCACAAAAGUGCUUUGGUGGAUACAGAUUAUGUCGCUCAGGGAACCAGUAUAAGCUAUACCAGCAGAAGCACUCUUUUGCUGGUAUAAUCUGUGUCUUCACUUGGAGAGCUUACCAGUAUAACCCUGCCAGCAAAGCUUUCUAGUGUAGCCCUGGCCUCAGCGCCACCUGUGUCUGUGUUAGUGACCCUUCGCACUUCCCUACCACUUUGCAAGCCUUCAUUAGUUCUGAGAGGAGACCAGUCAGCAUCAAUUUCCAGAUGGGGAAACUGAGGCACAACGUGGGGCUGUGGCUCUCCCAGGGAGUGAGUGGCAGAGCCAGGAAUAGUUGAGUCACUCAACAGGCUCCCCCCUGCAUAGGUGUUUCUGUAGUACCCACGGGGUCUGCGACCCACAGGGGUUUGGCGGGGGGAUGGUUAUCAGACCGUCGGGCUGCUAGCUGGUUGAUGCUAAUUCCCCAGCUUCCUCUCUCCCCAGAGCCUUCCAGAUUCCCUGGCCAGUGCGUUCAUGGGUCGUGCCCUCCCUGGAGUACCGCUGGUCACUUGGGUGACUGUCUCCAUAUGCAGGAGUGGGGGUCGAGGGAUGUCCUGCUCAGCUGGGAGAUGAGGUCUCCUGCACACCCCCCUCCCCAGUCAAAGAGAAGUCGGCCCCGUAUCCGAAGGGAUGUUGCUCUGCAGACUCGGCACAUGGGGAGGGAGCUGCCUGGGCCACUCUCCUCCCUCCUGAGCUAGUCGGUUAGAUCUGCUUUGGGGUCGCUUUUCUGUAUGGUCCCCCUCCCUCAGCGGUAUCCGAGAGCUGGGGGGAGGGGAUGAUCGUGCCAACCAGGGUGAAACUGCCUAGUGCUCUGGGAACAACCGUCCAUCUCCCUGCUGACUGCGUGUGUGUGUGUCCGUCCGUCCGUCUGUCCAAGCCUGGGGAUAGUUACUCCUGAACUGUUUCUGCCUCAUUGCCCUGGUCUGUCCCAAAGGCUCGCCCUUAGUCCAGGAAAAGUCCCUGCUACCCUGGACGCCAGAGUGGAAGUUCCAGCUGAAAAUCUGCUAGCUCCUGACAGCUGCCAACUCGGGUUUGGGAGAGAGCAACAGGUCUGCUCCCUCCAGCAGGGCCCAGCGAAAGGGCUCACUGGAAUUUCCAUGGGCACAGGCCGACGGCUCCCCGGGGUUUCCCAGGCCUGUCUAGGUGGGAGCUGGCUCCCUCUUGCCUUUGCCCUGCGGCCCAUACAGGCUGUAUCGCUCCAGGCAGCUGCUCUGGAUUUAGUUUCCUGGAAGCCGGGCGGGUGGGAAGCGUUUGCUGAACUCUUCCCGCUCUGGAUGCAGCAUCUGUGCUCGGGGCCAGAUACUGGGCCUGGGGGAGUGCAGGGGAGGGGCUGCUUUUCUUUUUCAAUGAAUGGACUGUGCAGUUGGAACAGCUGGGGGCUGGUAUUCAUUCCCCUGCUGGCCUCCAAGGAGAUGCAGAGACCCAGGGAGAUGAGAUCCCUCCCCCCACUGCGCCCCGCUCCUCUCCCUGUCCUUGAGUUCACACUUUUCCAGGCCCGCUCUCUUUAUGGAGGCUGCUGCACCAGCAGCGUCUCUGUGCGGCUGGUUUUGUGCAUCUUCCUGCCGGAUCCCGAGGCACAGAUGAGCGUGAAGGAGAGAGGCAGCAGAAAGCGCCGGGGAUGCUGAAUGCUGGGGGGCAGCUGGAUAAAGGCAACAGCCUGAGCUGGGACCCUGGUGUGGCAGGAGUUCUUGGCUGCAUAGCCCCAUCUCCGGAGGGUCCCUUGGCGCCAGAGCCUACCAGCCGCUGGGAUGGUGGUUUUCCUCGGCAGAAACCUCCCCUCCCUCCUGACUCUGUUUAAGAAGAAAGGCUCUGCCAAGGCUGAGAACAACAAGAGGCUGAAUGUCCAGUACAAGGCGGGAGAGGAGCGGCCCGACAAUGUCUUCUUCCCCAGCAGCCGCCCGCCGCACCUGGAAGAGCUGCACAACCAGGCUCAGGCAGGACUCAAAUCUCUGCAGCACCAAGAAAAACAAAAACAGACCAGAAGCGGCUGGGACCACGGAGACAGCAACAGCAUCCAGUCUUCCCACACCUCUGCGGAGGACGAUGAGAUUUCCUUCCGAAGCAGGACCCAGUCAUGCACGACAGAGAAUGCCUCCGAGGACGCCCUCUCUAUCCGCUCGGAGAUGAUCCAGAGGAAAGGUUCCACCUUCCGGCCUCACGACUCCUUCCCCAAAUCCUCGGAGAAGGCAGGGAAGAGGAGGAAGGAGAGGAGGACAACGGUUCUGGGCAUCCCCCAGCAUGUCCAGAAGGAGCUGGGUCUGAGAAACAGUCACGAGCCGAGGAAACGCCCUGGCAGCGUUUCCCCCAGAGAUGACCCCAGGCUGGCUGGGAGCCCCCACAGCCCGGCAUCCCUGCCGGUGGUGAAUGGCGGCGAGGCCGACGGUGACAUGAUCCACGUCCCCACCAUCAAUGGAAACCUGCAGCCCCCGCUGGCCCCCAAGGGCGGCGCCCGUGUAUCCCUGCAAGCCCUGGAGGAGGCCGAGUCAGACGCAGCCAUCCAGAGGCACAUCAACCGUGUCUACUACGAUGACUCGCUGCUGGGGAGGAGGACGGCAGCCAAGCUGUCUCCCUUGCUGAGGCCGAAGUCACUGGCUGUGCCGGGCAUGACCACCAACCCCAGCCCUCCCCCGGAGCUGCUGGGCCCUGUUAUGUCCAUUUCCCCCCAGGCCACCUACAUGUCCAAGAUCAUUCCCAACGCCGUCCUGCCCCCCAUGGUGGACGUCAUCGCGCUGAGCAGGAGCAGCGUGCGGACGCUGAGCCGCUGCAGCCUGGUUUCCUCCAGCCCGGCCUCAGUCCGCUCCCUCGCCCGCUUCUCGGAGCCCAGUGCCCGCAGCCGGGAGCACUCCUCCUCCAGCGACAACUGGAGCCACUCCCAGUCCACGGAGACCAUCGUGUCCGACAGCUCCACCAUCUCCUCGCAGGGCGGCUCCGACAGCAGGAAGUGGGAGGCCGGGCCACCCAGCGAGGCGGAUACGGCAGGCCGGUCCGACACAGACCAGCUCAGUGUCUACAGUGCCGUGAGCUGCACCAACUCCUGUUCCAAGGCCAGGCCUGUCUACACGGCCCACGGCCUGCUGGCAGUGGGGCCGGGGGGCAGCAGCGGCAGGGCCUCACCUGCGUACAGCACCAGCAGCAUGGCGGACGGCUCGGACACCGUGAGCGUGAGGAGCGACCGCUCUUCCACACGCAGCGUAUCCCUCAGGAAGAUGAAGAAGCCGCCGGCGCCCCCCAGGAGGACCCACUCCCUGCACCAAAAGGCUCAGCAGAGGCAGCAGGUGGUGGGCGAGGGGGGACAGAAAGUGCUGGGCCUGCCCCCUAAGCCAGAUCCCAGACACCAGCGUGAGCCGUGGACACCGCACCUGGAGAAUCAGAGCCCCCUGGCCGAGGACGAGGUUUUCUCGCCCUGCUCGCUGAGCGAGACGAGCAGCAUCCGCUCCGACAGCCUGGCCUACUCGGCCGACGCCAGCUCCCCCGACGUGUCCCAGUGCAGCCCGGUGCCGGGGGAGAAGCUCCGGAGGGAGGUGGAGGGGGUGGCCGUCAUCCUCAGGGAGCAGCAGGCCACCCCCAGGCAGAGCUCCCCCGAGGGAUUCAAGCGCACCAUGUCGCCCUCCAGUGGCUACUCGAGUCAGAGCGGCACCCCCACCCUCCCCACCAAAGGGCUUGGCCCUCACGCCUCAUCUCCAGGAAAGAGGAGGCCCCAGCCAAAGAAACCGGAGAGGGUCUGCUCGCUGCAGUCUCCUGCGCUGUCCAUCUCCUCCUCACUGACAUCCUUAUCUUCCUCCACCUCCGACCCAGCCCCUGCAGAGACCGUGGCACCCCCAGCUGGCCCGGCCCUUUCCUGGCAGAGUAGAAUGGACAGGUUUAUUAUUCCUCCUCACCCCAAGGUGCCGGCCCCUAUCUCCCCCCCGCCCACCAAGCCCCGGCAGGCAGCGCCUUCUGCCAGCCCCGCUGUCUCCUCCCCUGCCCCAAGCACGGCCAGCGAGAAGUCCAGCAGCAGGUCACCCCCUCCAUCUCCUCCACCUCCCUACCAUCCUCCUCCACCACCAGUGAAAAAGGCUGAGACAAGUCCAGAAGCCCCCCACUCAGAGACUACCCGGGAGGCGCCUCAGGACCCUUCGUGGCCCCCACCUCCUCCCCCAGCGCUGGACGAACAGGAUCUGUCCAUGGCGGACUUCCCUCCCCCAGACGAGGCCGGCUUCUCCACCCUGCCGGAGCCGCUCCCAGUCACCGGAACCGCAGUGUCUUCUUCCGUUGCAGCCCAGCCAGUGCCCACGGGCUCAGAGCAGCCGGCCAGCCCCAAAGCAGCACCCACAGGGGAUGGUCCAGGGGCAGCCGCGCUUGCAUUCUCCGCCAAAGUCUCCUCAAGGACUCAGCAGCAACAGGGCCCCUUGGCUGGGUCAACACUGCCAGCUCCCGCUGCGGAGUUGCCCACGCCCCCCGCCAUGCCCCCAUCAGCCGGAGCAACGCCUGGCUUGCAGCCUAGCCAGGCCAAUCCUGCGGUGCCUGCAGCCCCACCUCCGGCACCUGCGGCUCCAGCCCCGCCCACAGCUCUGCAGCCUCAAGCAAGCCUUAAGAAGACAGCGAAUGGCUCCCGGCUGGAUCCUAAGAAGGAGCCUGUCUCUCGCAGUAAGAGCAACCCCACGCCAAAGGAGGACGCAAACCUCCCCAUCGUCACUCCCUCCCUGCUGCAGAUGGUGCGCCUGCGCUCGGUCAACGUGGAUGGGCAUGCGCCGGCCGGCCCGGGCAAGCAGCCGCCUGGCCAGAACGGACAGGGCGCCGAUGGCGUAGGGAAGCAGCCUCAGCAGGUCCCCCAGAAACCCCUCCGCAAGUCCCUGUCCCUGCGGCAGUCCCCUUCUUCCAAAGACACCGUGCCUUCGAACCAGCUGCAAAAUGCCGUACGGCUGAAGACUUCCCCCUUGUCCUCCAGAGAUGCCCCGACCUCCAGACUGGCGGACUGGACCAACGGCAACAAGCUUACUCUCCCAGGCCACUCAGCCUCUAGCUCGGAGCCCACCGCUGGGGAUGCCAAGGACGGCCAGGUGUCCCCCAUCCACAAAUCACCUGCCUCCACCGCCAGCUUCAUCUUCGCCAAGAGCUCCAAGAAGCUGGUCAUAGAGACCCCAUCUUCCCCAGAGGCCCAGGCCGACCUGAAGAGGAACUUGGUAGCUGAGCUGAUGAAUUUUGCCGGGCAGCGCUCCACAGUCCCAACAAUGUCCCAGCAGGGCCAGGUGCUCCCUGGCAAGCCACAAGCACAGAGGAAGUCCAGCAAGGUCCCACCUCCCAUAGCCAGGAAGCCUUCGCUUGGCAUGGGGCAGCCUCCGUCACCUAUGAGCCCAAAGCCGCAGGGGGAGGAAGUGCUGAACUGUUCCCUACCAGACUGUAAAGCAAAGGCUCCCUCGGCAGAAGAGAACAGGAUUAAGAGCGAACUGUCUGUGAACGCGGCCCCCCAAGCCGACAGCAGCAGAGCCGGGCACCUGGCAGGCCCAGAGACUCCCCCUGCAUAAGACAAACGGGAAGAGACAGCCUGAAGGAUGAAGCUGCGUGCUUGUGCCCCGACCUACAGGAAUACAAAUCUCUCUCAGGGACCUGAGCAGGUGAAAGGAUGAGCGUGGAGCUGGCACAACUGACUGAGUAAAAGGAAGCAAACAGCCUUAGCCUCUGAUGGCCUUGAUGAUAUUUAUGCAAAAACUGGUGUUGGUUUCACUUUCUUCAAUAAUACAGCUUUAUUUUGCAUUUAAAAAAAAAACCAAACCACCGAAGCCCAGUCCUGGAGUCCGGCGCCUUGCCCUUCACCUGUUGGAUUUGCUGGUUGUGUUUGUGCAGGAGGGAAGGCUGCAGAGAAGCCGCUGCGAGGAAUGUGGGGCGGUGUUCUUAUAAGACCACGCUGCACCACCUGAAGCACGGCCUCUUGGCCGGGACGGGGGGCAGCAUGGGUGGGGAGAAGACCUGGCUGUGGGCUUGUUUUUCCACAGCGUGGAGGAUCGGCUCUAUUCUGUACACCUGAGACGGCACAAAAUCAAAGCACUUCUUAAAAAGAAGCUGAAGGCGCGUCCCGAAUGCUAUGGACUUCAUGUCUGACGCAUAGCUGGCUGGCCAAGGAGUUCCUCUGCCGGCUUUGCUGCAUGGGCUCUUCUCUCGGGUUCCAGGACACGCACCGUGUAGUGCUAGAUAUGCCCCUGACUGGCUUUGGAAAGGCACAGCACCAGGCCUGAGGCACAUAGAGGCUGGCAGCAGCUUGGCCUAGGUGCAGUAAAGGCCUCUGUCUUGCUGGGUGCCCGCCCCGGGCUCAAGGACCACUUCAGUGACAAUGUGCAGGGGCGUGAGUCUGUGCUGAAUAGGCCCUGGCUGCGAGUGGAGGGGACAUGGGGCCCAGGCUGCUAAAGACCUCAGAGCUGUUACAGCAGACAAGUCAAGUAGCCCAGGCCAAGCCCCCUCCUGCGUCAGGCUGCCUGCUGUCCCAUCUCUCUCUAGGGCUGUUACAGGACAGUGGGCAGGCGAGGCCAUGAUGCGUGAGCCAGGCCGCCGGUGCUCGGGAGUGGGGGCUCCCCACCUCUACUGCUCUGGCAGGGGAGGUGUUCAUUCCCUGGGGCCCGUGGUAGUGCGUAAGCACCACAAGGGACUGCCCCCUGCCAGACAAGCCUCCUCCCACCCCCCCACGCAGCUGGGCAAAGGAGCUACCCGAAGGCAGUACUGGGACCCUGCCUGACGGGCUCUACUGGCAGGGCAGUCCCUUGGUGGUGCUGGGCUCUGAGAACGGGGGAGGGGAAGGCCAGCAAGGGCUCCUUGGGAAGUUCUUUUUGAGGGCAGGGAGAAGCAGGGCUUAGGAGGAUCCCUCGGCCAGUCCUGGGGGUGCUGAACAAGUCAGGCUCACGCUGCCUCAUGUUACAUGCUGCUGCGGCCCAAGCUACAGUGUUACUAGCCGAGGAGCUGGAAAGGGAUUUACAGCCACCUAGCAGCCAAGCAAGCGGUUAAUCAGGCCGGCAGCCUGCAAUGCCCCUGCCUCAGGGCCCAGCAAAGUGGCUAUUAGCCACAAGUGGCCCCUGAGGUGAGCGUUCAGCCCCUUUUUCUUUGGCCUGUUUGAAAGCACAAGCCCCAAGCCGCUGCCCUGUGAGUCCGGAGUGCUAGGCAGGAAUCAGUCACUGCCUGUGCUUACCCUUGAACUGCAACCAGCCAGGACCUGUCUGGGACAGGAGGAAGGGCUUCCCCCCACCUUGCCAGCCUUCUGGAUCCCAGGGAGGAGAAUCUGGACUCUGAGGCCAGGCCAUAGGGGUCGCUCCAAGCUCCAUAACCUCCCCCCUGAGAGAUUCCACUCCCCUCAUGCUCUGUAAUUUCAGAGCUGUGCCCCCAUCCCAGCCAGGCCCUGUGUGUACACAGACAGCCCAUGGGAGGGAGGAGAGGUGAGACGCUUUUCAGAUGCCCUGUAGCAGGGAAUGACACUGGAUGCAGCAUUAAAUGAGACCAAAAGCCUGAGUUUUACAUUCAUCCCUGGUCCCUAGAGCCAGGCACCUUGAUUUCUCUUUCUUUAAACGUGGGGUCAUGCUUUGAUUUCCUUGAUUGUAAAAACCGUCUGCCUUGAGAAGAUGCAGAGUAACCGUUACAAGCUCUGUGUCUUUGGUUAAAGAUGAUGAUUGAAA